AUGGUCCUCGAGCUCUACCUGGACCUGCUGUCCCCGCCCUGCCGCGCCGUCUACAUCUUCGCCAGGAAGAACGGGAUCCCCUUUGACUUCCAGUUUGUAGAUCUCCUCAAAGGUCACCACCACAGCAAGGAAUACGUCAACAUCAACCCCCUGAGGAAGCUGCCCUGUCUCAAGGAAGGAAAAUUCAUUUUAUCUGAAAGUGUGGCUAUCCUCUUCUACCUGAGCCGCAAGUACAGUGCUCCGUCGCACUGGUACCCGCCCGACCUGCACACGCGUGCCCGUGUGGACGAGUUCAUGGCCUGGCAGCACACAGCCAUUCAGCAGCCCAUGAGCAAGAUACUCUGGGUCAAGUUGCUGAUUCCCUUGAUCACGGGGGAGGAGGUUCCUGCCGAGAAGAUAGAGAGUGUGUUGGAAGAGGCAAACAAAAACCUGCAGCUCUUUGAGGAAAAGUUUUUGCAGAACAAGCUGUUCAUCACGGGGGACCACAUCUCACUGGCCGACCUGGUGGCCCUGGUGGAGAUGAUGCAGCCCAUGGGAGGCAACCACAACGUCUUCCUCAACAACUCCAAGUUGGCCGAGUGGCGCAUGCGCGUGGAGCUGAACAUCGGCUCCGGUCUCUUCUGGGAGGCCCAUGACCGGCUGGUGAAGCUGGCGGACUGGGACUGCUCCACGUUGGCUCCGUCGGUCAAGGAGAAGCUCAUCGAGUUUUUGCAGAAGUUCAAGUGA